AUGUAUGCUGCAAAGUUUAGUAGAUUAGCAGUGUUUCUUGAGAAGUUCUUCAUGGUUAUUGCAACUCAGUCAUCAGUUGAUUGUUUGGAGAAUGCUGAAGGUAAUAAGAAUGGAUUUUGUCGUUCCCUAGUUGAAUAUAACAUAAACAGAAAUCUUUCUUCGCCGGUGGGAGAGAUUACUUCUUUCUACGUUUCGGAAUUCCCAGAUUCUUACUGUGCGAAGGAUCUCUUUGAGCUGUUCGGGUGUGUAGGGGAUGCGGUGGAAGUAUCAAUAUCUCCGAGGAAGAACAAUAGGGGUAAACGUUUUGGUUUCGCGCGUUUCGCAGGCGUACAGGAUGGGAGACUAUUCGCGGUCAGGCUCGAUAAUAUUCUGAUAGCAGGGAGGAAGAUCCACGCCAACCUUCCUCGUUUCAUCAGGGGCAAGGUGGGAGGAGUCGCAGGGAGUUCUGGGGCUGUGGUUCAGAACCGUGGAGAUGGAGGUGGGGGGCUAAAAGGAGGCAAGGAGGUGGCGGAGGGGAGUGGCAGAGUUGGAUUGGGUGCUAGUAGGGGAUCUAGGUCGUUCGCGACGGUGGUCAAGGGAGGUACGAGCGGUUGUGAUGUUGCCGUUGAGGUGAACCCUAUUCUCUGCUUCAAAUCUAAAGUCGAAGAUAAAGAGAGGCUUCUAAAAGCGUAUGUUGGAAGAGUUCUUAUUCCAGGUUCUGCCUUCGAUAUUCAAACUUAUUUAGAGAUGGAGGGUGUCUCCGCUGUUCGAGUUAUUCCGUUGGGAGGAGAUGCUUGUUUGUUGGAGGACAGGGAGCCGGGUUUCAUUGAAGCAUUGAUUGCGGAUGGUGAAACUUGGUGGCAAUCUUGGUUCUCUGAGAUUAAGAAGUGGGAGGAAGAUAUGGUGGGAGGGAGUAGAGAGGUAUGGCUUAGAAUUUUUGGCAUUCCUGCACAUGUGUGGAAUUCGGAAUUUUCCGUCUCUCUAGCGGAGGUGUGGGGGACUUUCAUUUGCGUGGAUGACAGGACAUCGAAAGGAGAGGCCUUGGAUGUUGCUAGAAUUAUUGUGAAGGUCAAGCUGAGUACCAAAAUUUCUGACUCUGUUUCAGUUAUUAUUGAUAACAAAAAUUUCAAUCUUGUGGUGAGAGAGGAUGCUGUGGUUGUGUACACAAAUAACGCUGAGAAGCCGCGCAACAGUGAUCAUGAGUCUUCUUCCGCCUCCUCUGACGGGAAUUGGCAGGAUGCUAACGGCGUUGAUGAAGAGGAGUUUGGGACUGGGGAAUCAUCCGAUUCUAUACGGCAAUUUUCCUCGUCUGAGAAGUUGAACCAGGUUCUGUCAAGGGGACAGUUUGACACGGUUUCGCGAGUGUCUGCUUCAGGCGGAGUUGGUGAGGCGGAAAACAUUCAGAAUGUUGCUUCAGUUCCAGAUUUGGUGGAUAGUGAACAUUGUAGUCUCGCGGCUGGGAAUUUUACAGGAGUGGGUAGUUUCGACGAGGCCAUUUCUCAAUUCCGCUCUGACUCUUCUUUGCAGGCAGUAGCACAGUCAUUUUCUGGGUGGGUGGAAGCUGAGGGUCAGGUCUCGCUUCAGGCUGCGGUGAACUGUUCUCUUGCGGCGGAUGAUUCUGCUUUGAUUAAAAAGCUGCGCCCAAGGAAGGUCAAAAUGAGCAAGAAGCAUGGAAAGUCAAAAAACAGUAGCGGGAAGGGUAUCAAAAUAGGUUCUUUACUGGUGAAUUUCAAAUCUGGUUCGGGGAGUUUGGAAGGGUCUCAGUGUUCUGUUUUUUAUGGGGAUCACAUCGAAGAAUCCGACAUAGUGAGAAUCAAUGGGCGUCAAUGGAAAUACUUGAAAAAUGACUUUGGUGGGAACUUGUGGGAUGCUAUUGCGGCGUUGGGCGUGGUAGACGUGGAGGGGUGUGGAAAUAAAAUAUGUUCCAAGCGUGAUAAUAUAGAAGGCGAUAGCGAGAAUGGGGAAGGACGGAAGGAGCAUUCUAAUAGAGUCUCAUGA